AUGGCAUCUACUGCCGAAUCACCGGCAUCCCCCGCCGGUGAUCUCGAUCACGACGGCAAGCCUCGUGUCCUGGUCGAUGGACCUGGAGGUGCUGAUACCAAACAAGGAGCAAAGAUUGCCUGUCUCGAAUGUCGAUCUGCCAAGAUCAAAUGCUCGGCUCCUACCGACGGACAGGUGCCAUGCAAGCGCUGUGUCAAACAUCAGCGAGAGUGUCUCUUUGAGAAGCACAAGCGUGGUCGAAAGCCAAAUAAGCGCCUUUCGGUCCCAACCGAUCUGCGUUCAGCAGGGCGCAACGGCAGUGAUGGAAACGCACACGAAUCACCCAAGCGUCCAACCUCUUCAGGCGGAAGAUCCGACAGUCACCAUGGCUCAUCGCAUCAUCAUCAGCAGCAGAGCUCACGCAAUGCUCGCGGCACUCCCGAAAAGGGUCGGAACAAGCCCGAAAGCGGCUUUGGAUCUGGCGAUGGCAGUGCCAAUCGUCACCGCUUUGGAGAGUCGAAUUGGAAAGGAGGAAACAGCGGAUACGCUCAAUCCUCGCAAGGUCGACCUCAUUAUACUGAAGAUCGCUUUCACGACAAAUUUCACGACAAAUUUCACGACAAAUACGCCAACGGGGGCAUGUCGGCUUCCAUGUCGGCUCCCUCUGGUCUUUCUCAGUCUGGUAUGCCCUUCCCCUACGGCCAGUCUCAUCAUCAUCAGCCUUCUCACCAUGCUCAAUCUCACCAGCACCAUCAGCAUGGUCAUCAGCAACAACACCAGUAUUCACAUCAGCACUCUCUCCAGCAGCAGCAGCAGCACUCGCAUUCGCAUUCGCAUUCGCAGCAAACAUCAGCAGCGACAGCCUAUCCGCACGGUCGACACGCUCCUGAGCACAGCAGUCCUGGUCGAUGGCGUGAUCAUGCUUUGCAGUCAGCCGCAUCCUCCCCUCACACCUCUCAUCCCAUUGCAGCGCCAGCCAAGCAGCACGACAACUUUGCACAGGCACGCAGUCGACCCUACCCUCACAACGCGCCAGCACCCAGCCACAGCUACGCACACUGGGACAGUCAGCUUGGAUUGCAAAGGAACAACAAAGCUAGAAUGGAUCUCUCGCCCUCCAGACCAGCCGAUGGCCCGAACGCGUCAGGGCAACAGCAGCAGCAGCAGCAGCAACACUCAACUGGACACUACACCGGCAGCAACGAGAGUGCCGCUAGCUCGCAGAAGCACGCAUCGACCGUGGAUCAUCGCAGCGCCUCCAAGGGUCGAACCCAGCGUCGCGAUGGCGUCGGCUCCCAGCAUCAACGAUCCUCCAGUCGAGGUGCCCCAUGUGACCCAGAUGCGGAUGAGGAGUACGAUGAGGAGGACGAGCUGGAAGAUGAUGCAGAUGCCACGCGUGAAGAGCAUGACUAUGUGUUGUCCAAUCCGCUCAAAUUGCUGGCUCAAGCCUCUGAUGCAGCGGCUGCCUGUAUUGAAGGCGGAAGAGUCGAACCUGCAAAUCGAAGCUCGUUGGCUGCGGUGGAGACAAUGGGUCUGCUCCAUCCUACCUUGCCGUCGAAUCGCAUGGCCGUCAGUGCUGCCGUCAACCUGACCGGUCUCGGUCGCCCGCUGUAUGAACGAAGGGACGACGAUAUCUCGCGCAAUCAACGCGGUGGUUGGCCUGCCCGCGUUCUGCCUCCCCUCCUCAAUGUCAAUCGUAGCGGCGCACAACUGCCAGAAUCCGGCUCCGACGCACCCAAUCGCGGUCAGCCAGCUUUCCUCAAAGAUACCAUGCGAUCCAAGUCCUUCCCCGAGGGUGAGCUGCCAAGGGUUGACGGACCCAGCCCAAUGGACGAGUUAGAGCAGGGUCCCGCUGCAGCAGUUCCUUCUGCUAGCAGUCAGGUAUCUGCUGCCAAGACAGUAUUUAGUGUGCCUUUAGGCCGUCCCAACAUCCUGACGCCGUCGACCUUGGAUCACGAAGCGUGGGAGUACCGCGAAGGAAAAGCACAAGCCCGUCGUGGUUACGGAUCAGGUGCCAGCCCAGGUGGGUUGAGUGCCGAUGCUGUCACCACUGGAAGCAGCGUUUCUGCAGGCGGUGUCAAUGGUCAGAAGCAAGGCGCUAUCUCGGGCAUCAACGGAGCCUCUCCUGGCGAGAUCAUCGAGUCGCCAGCCGAAGAGGUGACGACCGCCAUGCUGGGCAAACGAAAGCGAGGCCGAUCACGCGCAGCUCGCGGGGGAGGCUUCCCGACUCGAAGACGCAGGUUGGCUGAGUGGGACACGGACGCGGAGAAUGGCGAUGCUGCUGAUGACGACGGCGGCAUUCUAGAUUCAGCUAAGAGCAAGCAGGUGACCAUCGCAGCUGUAUCGAAGCCCAACGAAUCGAGCAGUGUCCAUUCUGGCGGUGAAGGCGAAGCUGGCGCAUCACGUAAAGGCUACUUCAACUUGAGUCUCUUCCAUAGUAAGAACGACGACACUGAAGGUCUUGACCCAGUCGAGCUUGGUUUGGUCGAGCUCAAGGAGCUGGAACGGCUCUUUGACAUCUUCUUUGCACGCAUCAACCCGGUGUUGGAUCUUUUCGACCCCUUCUUGCACAGUGUUGCUUUUGUCAGGAUGCGCUCUGCCUUCCUCACCACGGUCAUCUCGAGCAUGGCAGCUAGGUUCUCGGACACACCCCAGGACGCCAAGCUUGCCACGACACUUGACAAGCACUGGCAGGAGAAGUUGCUGCCCAUGAUCUUGCUCGGCGGAUACAAAAGUGUCGAAAUCAGUCAGGCUUUCUUGAUCUUGACCACGUACAGUCGACCAACGAAUCGUCUCGUCGAUGAUCGUUCAUGGCAGUAUCUCGGCUUUGCUAUUCGUACUGCUACCGAAGUCGGUGUGAACCGUAAAGUCACGCCAAGCGAAAACCUGCUUGGCAAUGAGCAGGUGGCUCGUCGAGUCCGUAAUCGCGAGAGACUCUGGUUCAAUCUCUUCCUCUACGAUCGCACUCUGAGUGCACAGACUGGCCGUCCAUGGACUAUAUCGGAAGACCGCAUGAUCGUGCAGAGCUCAAUGUGGCAUCGACAGGACUUUGCGCUGCCGGAAGACGUUUCAUUGGUUAGCUUGAUCAAGUUGCGUCGCAUCACAGCACAGCAUACCGAGGCUUUCGAUACGUAUCUCACGAGUCCCGAUCGUUUCGACGAGACGCAGACGGCUACCGCUCUUGGCGUCGGUGGACAGAGCAUGUUCGAUCGCCGACUUGCUGGUCUCGAGUUCUUCCGUAAGAAUGCCAAUGCUGAUUUGGAGAAAUGGAAGGAGACGUGGUGCAUCAAUACCGAGGAUAAGAUCAAGGAGGUGGAUACGAGUACUGCCGCGGGCAAGUAUCUGGUUCGGUGGGCACCCACGGCUAAGCUCUUCUAUUACCAUUCGAGGCUGUUGAUCAACUCGCUGGCGCUGGGCGCUACGGAGCAGUAUGAGGGUUUCCUGUCUGGAUCUUCGGUGUCGGUCGAUUGCUGGACUUCGGCGAUUUCGCUCAUCGAUACGAUGCUCAAUGAUUUUACCGAGGAAGCGCUUGUGACUUGGUCAAACGAUCGGGUGGUGAUGGCGGUGUACGCGGCUGUCUCGGCAGUGCGAAUGACCAAUUUGCAGCACAAGUAUGCGUUUGCUGACAAGGAGACGCUGCUUGCACUUGUUCGUCGUCUGUCGACAAGUAUGACGAAUGCAGGCAAGACACCGCGUCAUCGAAACGGCUCUGCUACUCCGUACGGUCGAUACCUCAAAUCAGUCUUGGCUGCUUUCGAGCCGGAGAUCCCGGCUGUGUCCACUGCUGUGCAGGGCGGUGCGGCUGCAACUGCCCAGACUCCUGGUAAGGACAGCGAGCAAGCUACGUCAAUCACGACUAGCAGUCUUACGCCUGGUGAUAGUCAUUCUGCUGCUGCCACGCCUCCUGGUACCACUGCUGCUGAUGUGGCUGCUGGUGCGGCAGAAGGGUUUGCUGCUGGUGCAAAGGCGUCUGCGGCUAGCGGAGCAACUGAUGCUGUGGCCGGGGUUGCAAAAGGUUCGAAAAGUGCUGAUGCUUCACAAGAUAGCUCUUCUACUGGAGUCGAAGGGGCGAAUGCAGUGGUCAACAAGGCAGCCAGUGCAGAACCAGCGACUCUCAAGACGGAAGACGUGUCGAGCGAGGAUGUCAGCAAGACUGUUGCCCAAGUUCCGCUCAUUAUGGCCAAUGGUGCGGGGAUGGAGCUUGACAUGCCCCCCGCACAGCUCAAUGCGGAAGGCGGUAUGGAUCUGCAGAGUAACAUGGAAAAGCUUCUAACUCAGAUGCCCAUAGAUGGUUCAGCUGUAACUAUCAAUGCCGCAGGAAUGCUCACUCCUGCUGGUGGUGGCGAUGUUGCAACAUGGCCCUCUCCCAACCCCGCCGCUGCUGUUGCUAGACCCUCUUCUUCAGCUGGAGGUGCCGAUCCAAGCGGGUUGUUGACGACGCCGGAUUCAAGCAUGCUUCUCCAAACACCCAUUUCGCCAGCGAGGGCCACGGCAGUUGUGUCGAUGCCAGAUGUAGUGAACGAUCCAGAAUCGUUGGAGAAAAUGUGGAACUAUAUGACUUCGUUCUCAGAUACAAGUUUCUGGCAACCACAGUCGACUUGGAAUUUGGCCGGGAGUGCGAGUGGGAGCGGUGGAUUCCACGGUGCUGGUGGAGGGUCCUAA